AUGUACGUAACGUGAGCAAUGCCCGUCCCGGUAUGGUCAUAGGUCGAGCAGUCGAAUCGUGCGGCAAUUCAGAAUCAGAAUUUAUAUACUCAAUCAUUCGCUUGACAAUUAGCAUAAAAUAACGUCGAAAUCAUGUCGCAAAUAUCUGCAACUGAGGGGCCGAUGUUACAGCAGAUUGACUUGACAAACUUGAAUCUGCAGCAGCUUACUCAAUUGAAACAACAAUUGGACCAGGAACUUGGUGUCUUCCAGGACUCGCUGCAGACCCUCAAAGUCGCUCAAAACAAGUUCCAAGAAUCCGGAACGAGUCUUGAGAAGCUUACCCCGUCUGCUAAGGGAAAAGAGAUACUCGUGCCUCUGACAGGUUCGAUGUACGUUACGGGGAAAUUAGCUGAUACAGAGACGGUGAUAGUUGAUAUUGGGACUGGAUAUUACGCGCAGAAGGACAUCCAAGGUGCGAAAGAUUAUUUCAAAAGAAGAGUGAAUUAUGUAACGGAGCAAAUGGAGAAAAUUCAACAAAUCGGACUUGAAAAGAGUAAAAUAAGGGAAGCUAUUAUGGAUGUAAUGGAGAUGAAAAUACAAGGACAGAUGUCGACGCAAAAAGAACUUGCCGAGACUGCAUAGACAUAUCUAUUUGACAUAAUUAAGUUACAUUUAUUUUAAUUCAUGCCCUAAUUUUAGGCUUUCUGUCUGUAUUUUCAAUUAAACUCCUAAGAAUUGUUGUAGAAUGCAGCUUCUUUGCGCAUUCAGUGUAAAGAUAUCAAUUUGUUUGGUAACGCAACUGCUUCAAGUCAUAGAGCUAUACAUUUUCUUACAUGUAAAAUAAUGAAAAAUUUUAUUCGUACACACUGCACAAGUAAAAUAAUAAUUACUAAUAACAAAAUCGAUGAGCCUUAAUUUUUUGUUUACAAAAUAUUUUCACUCCACGGUCGACGAGGGAAUAGAAGAUCUUCCCUACAUUGCUCGUAACCUUAUUUGAAUUUGAUGCGUGAUAUUGACCCUCGAUUUUUUUCGCGCGUUUAAUUAUGCGAAAUAUUAUGCAGACAUUGCGUAUUCCUUAUUCACCAAGAAUAAGUAUUUUUGUGAGAAUAAUAUAUUUCGAUCUCAUCGCAUAUUUAAUACAAUUGUAUAUUAAUGCAUAAUAAAGAUCCUCCUAAUUUUGAUGUUUGAA